AUGGAAAUCUUCAAUUCCCACAAAUCAUGCCUGGUUCUCUUUCUUCUUAUCAUUCACUGUUCCUCUGUUUAUCAUGGAGAAGCUGUGUCCCCAGCUGGAACAAUGGAAGGAGCCACAGCACAGCAAGAACCAACUGCCCCUUCACAGAACGGUGGAAAUAUGCCCCUCCUAGCUUCUCCUCCAUUUCCUACUCUCAUUAACAAAAAUUCCCCUUUAACACAACACCCUCAACCGGUUUACCAACAGCAACAACAGCUAAACGAUCCACAAGAACAGACCGUAAACCAACCUUUCUCCGGGUUAACUGAGCCAUUUUCUUCUACAGACCAGCCAUUCUUGGGGGUUAAUCAGCCAUAUUCUACAUCUAAUCAGCCAAUUGGAGAAAGUAACCAGCAAGGCUUAGCUGAUAAUACUGCAUUUGACAAUGGAGCUUCAAAAGAGCAGAGGUUCAUUGUAGGAGUUGCUGUGGUUUCUUUGACUACUUUACUGGUUACCCUUGGAUUUAUUGUGUAG